UGUCCGAAAUAAACUUCUGAUUGUCGAAGUAACGUUGGUGGAAAUUGCCCGACAGUAGCGCGAUCUAGCGCCGGGCACUCCCACCAGGUUUGUUUGGGGCGGUGCUGACGAGUCCUGGGCGUUGACGGAUUUAAAAGUUCACAAAAAUGAGGAUUGAAACCUUUUGGACGCCCUUUAUAUGGGCACACAAUGUCCGAGUUGGUUGCAAGUGGGUUGCAGGCUACACAGUGGCAACUUGUGUAGUAUUGAUUACUCUUAUAUGCUACAUGUUAAAUGGUGGUGACUCUUCUCAACUAUAUUCACCUCUAUUUGAAUCUGAUGUGCGCCACUCUAUGAAAGGUGUUGGAGGAUUCUUCAUAACAUAUUUUCUUCUGCUCAUUGUGUGUGCUAUUCUGAUGUUGGUGAGCUUGCAUCGUGGCACUCGAGGAUACAUGUUGCCCUGGUUGAUAGGUUUCGGAAUCUGCAUAGCAUUCCAGCUUGUGUUUGGCCUGUGGUUGAUAGGUGGAUACUACAUUUAUCUUGAUGCUGUUUUGUCAGCAUUUAUUUUAUGGCUUUGGAUGGCCUAUAAUAUGUACUGCUGGCUUUGUGUUUGGUCCCAGUACAAGAUAUUCCAAGAAUUACAAUCACCAAACAUCAUUCUGCUCUAUCCUUGAUUUACCUGACAUUCGUCAAAUAUGAAAGGCAGCCUUCAACUAUCCAUUAUUUGGAUAUAGAUCUGACUCAUUUGCUGAUCUCUUAUCUAUGCGAUUAGAUUCAAAAUUUUACAAACUGACUGAAUCAUAUUUUGUUUCUUAGUGCCUUUCUUUUGGACUUCCAUUAAUUCUCUAGUAUUUUAGUGAAUCAUUCCUCAACCACACAAUGCAUGUUGUUGUAUUAUGCACUAGUUUAGUAUUUAAGUAAUGCUUUGUGUAUGUACUCAAAUGGCUCACAAUUAUUACUGCCAUUGAUUCCGUCCGACUAAUGUGGCAUCGACCCUAGUUACCUGUUUUUGUAAUGAAAACUUUAUGAUUUGCCAUUUUUAUUGUUGUGACCUGUUUGGGUGUGUAAACUGUAGGCAAAUCCUGUUAAUGAGGACAGAUUUAACAAAUAGCUUUGUUGGAAUAUAAACUAAAAUUUAAUUAUAUUUUUUUUUGUUUGGACUCAUCUGUCUGUAUGUACAGUAUUACAGUAUUUGUAAUCAAGAUGGAAGUAAUGAAAUAUUACAGAUGAAAUUUAUAAGGUUUACAAUUUCAUGAAAUGUUUGUCUAAAUCAACUUAAAGUAUUGAAAGAUAUAACUUGUUAUUUGUUAAAACAAGAAUGUUAUCAACAUUAUAGUAUUUUAUAAGGCAUAUGUGCAUCUUUCUUAAAUUUUAUACAUUUAUAUAUUUUGGAUCACUUUUUCCCUCAUUAUAAACCAGUUUCAAACUUUCUUAAA